ACCAACUGCGGCGAGUCGCUGACUGACGUAAACGUAACGUACAAAGUGAAUUCAUUCAAUUCAGUUUCUUUCUUUUUGUACUAGUUCUCUCGCGAAGUCUUCUAAAACAUUAAGGUUUCGUUUUAUUGUUCUUUGAUUGUAUUAAAUCUGUUUAUUUUCCUUGCUGAGCGCUUGCAAGCUAAGUUUUUAUGAUAACAUUACUUUAGGAAUUUGUGUUUUUUAUGCGAAGGAAAAACGGUGCACGUCACAAUUUAAUAACUUCUUAUUAGUUUAACUUGAUUACAGGUCACAAAUCAGGAUGGAAUCCUCGUAUCAGGGCGGAGUAGCGGACGAAGAGGCUGGGAAUAACUUCCAACGCCUCUCGCAAACUAUAGCCAGCAACAUCAAGAAAAUAUCACAAAAUGUGUCAUCUAUGUCAAAGAUGGUCAACCAGCUCCAGACUCCACAAGACUCACAGGAGCUUCGGAACCAAUUGCGGCAAAUACAAAACUACACACAGAAGCUGGCUAAGGACACAUCUUCUCUUAUCAUGGAACUGAUGAAGCUGCCAACCGAUCAAACCGCCAACAAAUUAACAAGAGAUCGCCUCAGUGAUGAAUACAUGAUGACUCUCAACUCAUUCCAGGCGACACAGAGGCUGGCCGCGCAGAAAACAAAAGAAGAUGUGAAGAAGGUCAAAGCGCAGUCGGUGAACAUUGGCGACCCAUUCUCCAUAGGUACAGGAAGUAAUGAGUUGAUGGAAAUGGGUGAACCAAACUCUAGGAAACAAGAACAGCAGACGAUACAGAUGGAGAGGUCGCUCGUCGAGCUGGAGGAGCGCGAGAGAGAUAUCCGAGAGUUGGAGAGGGACAUUAUGGACGUGAACCAGAUCUUCAAGGACUUGGGCACGAUGAUCCACACGCAGGGCGAGGUCGUGGACUCCAUUGAGUCCAGCGUCGAGCACGCCGCCGUCUACGUAUCGAGUGGUACACAGGAACUGAGGGAGGCUAGCAAUUACAAGAACAAGCUGAGGAAGAAGAAGGUGUACCUGUUCCUUGCACUGAUCAUCGUCGUGUCGAUCAUUCUGAUUAUCGUGUUCCACCGCUGAGCGCCGAGCCACCAGAUCACACCAAGCACCUACCACAGGGGAACAAAUAGGUAUCGUCCUUACAUCCCCACUUUGUAGCAAAUGUGUAUAAAAUGUUAUAUUAUAUCAUGUAUAAAGGGCAAAGUGCAUCGAAUUGAAUAGACCGUAUUCUAAAUCAACAAAAACUUCUAAAGAAAUCUAAAAGCAUUUUAAAUGUGGACAACUUCGCUUGUAAUAUUGUUUAUGUUGUGAUGGCAUCACAGUUUGAAGAUUAAAUUGUAAUAGUUAAGCAAAGAGGUGCUCAUUUAAUUGCAUACAUGUGUAAUACGUAUUCAAUUCGUUGCUAGUAUAUCAAGGUCUAGUAUUAUAGAUAUUGUCUAAUAUUGUAUUGAUAAGUAGAGCUUUUUAUCUUUAUUAUAUUUAUAGGACAGUGUACGGAUACCUAACCUCACUUCGUAUGUCUAUACCCUAUCUUUAGAAAUUGCUGGCAACAACCCGAUUAUUGUUAAUAUUGUUAAUGCAACAUUGCCUGCAUUUUUCCCAAAAGUUCUCGUCACUUAAUUCCCUUCACCGUUUAAUGAGUACUCAAUAUAAUCUUGCCUAAUUACGCAGAAAUUCAAACUUUCUGCUUUAAGACUUUUAGGGCGGAGAAACGGUAUUCAAUCUUGGUAUUUGUACAUCAUUGCAAUAAAUUAAGGUGGUCCUUGUAAUUUAAGCUUGCGUUCGCCUAUUGCCUUAUUGCUCUAGACCUAGACAGUUAUACAUCAGAUAAGAGAGAUUAGUUUAGUGUCAAAGGGUUUAAAAUUAGCUAAUAAGUUUUGUGAGAAAUCUCUGUAACACUUCACUUUUAAACUUGGUAGUUUAUUUACUUCCAGAGUUGAGGAACAUUUGGUUGCCUUAUUUUAACUUCUUUAGAAUUGGCUUCUUAUUAAGUCACGUAGCAACAUACCAAGUUAUGUAUGCUUGGGUGUUCCACAGUAUUGUUAUUGUUCAAAAAUAGGAUGACGACCGGAAAGUAAAAAUCGAAUUAGUCCGUCAGAUGGAUUAUUAUGAAAUGUUUAACAAGUAUUAUAGCGUUCAUCAUGAAAAUUGACAAAGCAAAGCUGCUUAAACGUUUCAGAGGAAAGUAAAGACUAAGCAAAAUGUAUACAAAUCAGUGACAUUACGCAAAAGUUCUAUUAACAGUACUUUGAUCAAUGAACUAUGACUGUGGGUAAUAAUAAAAAAUACGUAGUCAGUAUUAUCUCUUAAAUCACCUGGUGGGCAUUAGGGCAAGUUGUCGUCAUCCUUAUUAAAAUAUUUUGUGCGACACUAAUUUCUAUCGUUUUGGGAUACUCACACACAUUAACAUAUCCCUUAUUAUGCGAUAAAGUUAAAAGAUCAUAUCAUCAAACUUAUCUGAUGUCGUACAAAAAGCUGCAAUAAUAUAUUAAUGUUUAAAUUCUAUUCACGAAACUAAAUUAAUAUUUGAAUAGUUGCUAAUCAUCUAAUCAUAAUUUAAGGGAUUGAUGUAUCAUUGUUUUAUUAAUAUAUUUUUUCGGUGCAUCUUUUGAAUUUUUGAAUGUUACUGUGGCACAGAGUCACAAGAUCAUUAUUUUGUAUCUCGCCUAGUACCAUUAUUCUUCUUUUCAAAGGAAUAUUAGUCAGUUGCUGUAACGAAUUUACAUUUAUCUGUAAAAUUUAUUUUAAAAGGAGUAAAUUGUGUGUCGUUUUUUAGAAAUUGUUAAUGUCUGUAUGAGGACUGUAGCUUUACAUUAUAUGCAUUGGUAAAUAUACAAAAAAUAAUAAUUAUAGAGUGAUUCUUUAUUGAUUAAAAACCAGACAUGAAGGAAGACAUGCUGUGCUAAGUUCUUCGAGUUUUUUUUAUAGGUUCUUUUAUUGGAACUAAAAAGACUACGAGUGACAAAAAUAAAGAGAAAUAUUUAAUCAACCUCAGAGAUCUCAUGUUUGUGUGCUGUUGAACUCAGAGCAAGCUUUGAUUGCUUUACCGGCCUAUGACAGGUUUAUCUGUUCUCUUUUAUAUACGUCUUUUUGCGCACUGUCAGUCUUAUGUCUUGGGUCGGUUAUGAGGACAUAACAAUGCUUGUGUGUCUUGCCUAUCCACGAGCUACCUUCAGCCUUGCUUAACAAAAUACCAGCUUGACAACAAAUUUGUCUGUCUCCAAUGCAUGUAGGUAGAUGUCGGUACAAUACAAUCAAACAGAAAACUCGUUUGCUGAUGCAUGAUCACAAGUUAUGCAAUAACAAAUAUACAGAUAGCAAUACAUAGUGAUUCUAAAUGUGUGUGUCUAUUUUGUUGUUGUUGUAAAUGUUAUUAUCCGCCUUAUAUCGGCGUUACUGGUUUAAAUUGUUGUUGUAAUGUUAGGACCAAUGUGCCACCGAUGCCACCGCACCGUUAACCUAUGGGUGAUAUGAAAUAUUUUUAGGUGAUCAAAUUGUCCGUCUGAUUAUUUCUAUGGAGAAGGUACAAAUAAUUAGAAUACCUUUGUUAACGCUACUUAAGAUGCUAUCGUGUUAUACUUAAGGUUUAUUUUACUGUGCACCGUUUUGUUUGAUUUCUGUAAGCCGGGCCUACUUCUACUUAAAGAAUGCUUUUACUUAUGUCAUGAAGUGUUCUAAAUAAGACUCGUCGUGUCGCGUGGGCCCGCCUUACCCUCGGCGUGUCUUGUGAUGCUACAACUGGCGGGAAGGCUUUGUGUGGUGCACAAAUAAACUUAAACAUGUAUUCAGAGUGGGUUAGCUACUAUAGGAUAUAGUGAUUCAUUAUUUAUACUAUAUUUUUUACACUAUAUUUACAUGCCAUUGUAACUAAACUUCUUUAUUUUUGUAAGUCAGUCUUUCCAUUAUUUGCUUUAAGAUAUCUACUCUAUUGCUAAUCAUAAGUAUCCAUGUAUAGUUAGUUUAAAAUUGCAAUAUGUUUUAUUUAAAUGUAAAGUUGUCCAUUACUUAAAAAUAAAUAAAUAAACACCGUAA